AUGUGUGACGACGAGGAGACCACCGCGCUCGUGUGCGACAACGGCUCCGGGCUGGUGAAAGCCGGCUUCGCCGGAGACGAUGCCCCCAGAGCCGUCUUCCCUUCCAUCGUCGGCCGCCCCAGGCACCAGGGUGUUAUGGUUGGCAUGGGUCAGAAAGAUUCCUAUGUAGGUGAUGAGGCUCAGAGCAAGAGAGGUAUCCUGACGCUGAAAUAUCCUAUUGAACAUGGCAUCAUCACCAACUGGGAUGAUAUGGAAAAGAUCUGGCACCACACUUUCUACAAUGAACUGCGUGUGGCCCCUGAGGAACACCCUACCUUGCUCACGGAGGCCCCCCUGAACCCUAAAGCUAACCGUGAAAAGAUGACCCAGAUAAUGUUUGAGACUUUCAAUGUGCCAGCCAUGUAUGUGGCAAUCCAGGCUGUCUUGUCCCUAUAUGCCUCUGGUCGUACCACAGGCAUUGUUCUUGACUCUGGCGAUGGUGUCACCCACAACGUACCUAUCUAUGAAGGUUAUGCUCUGCCUCAUGCCAUCAUGCGUCUGGAUCUGGCAGGCAGGGAUCUGACUGACUACCUCAUGAAGAUCCUCACUGAGCGUGGCUACUCCUUUGUGACAACAGCUGAACGUGAGAUUGUCCGUGACAUUAAGGAGAAGUUGUGCUAUGUUGCUCUGGACUUUGAGAAUGAAAUGGCCACUGCUGCCUCCUCUUCUUCUCUGGAGAAGAGCUAUGAAUUGCCUGAUGGUCAGGUGAUCACAAUUGGUAACGAACGUUUCCGCUGCCCAGAGACUCUCUUCCAGCCAUCCUUCAUUGGUAUGGAAUCUGCUGGUAUUCAUGAAACUACCUACAAUAGCAUCAUGAAGUGUGAUAUUGACAUCCGUAAGGAUCUGUAUGCCAACAAUGUCCUUUCAGGUGGUACAACCAUGUACCCUGGUAUCGCUGACCGCAUGCAGAAAGAAAUCACUGCAUUGGCGCCUAGCACUAUGAAGAUCAAGAUCAUUGCCCCACCUGAGCGCAAGUACUCUGUCUGGAUUGGUGGCUCCAUCCUGGCAUCUCUGUCCACCUUCCAGCAGAUGUGGAUCAGCAAACAGGAGUACGAUGAGGCUGGUCCAUCCAUUGUCCAUCGCAAGUGCUUCUAA